AUGAGCGUCCCCGUUGAGAAAGUCGAGAAGGUCGAGGUCGUCGAGCCCGUCCAGGUCAAGCAGACCAAGACUAAGUCGCUCUUCUCCCGCCUCCUGCCGCUGUUUGUCUUCCUGCCACUGCUGUCCUAUUUCCUCACCGGCACGCUGCACUUUGGCCAAGGCCCCGCGAUCCAGCACUACGCCAAGAAGGUGUACCGCGCCUCGCCACUCGCACCUGCCAAGAAGGUCUACACCCUCAAGCAGCUUGAGAAGUUCGACGGCAGCGACCCGAAGCUCCCCAUCCUUGUUUCCAUUGACGGAGAGGUGUACGAUGUCACCAAGGGCGGACAGAGGAUGUACGGCAAGGGUGCCGCUUACAACAUGAUGGCCGGCCGUGACGCCUCGCGCGCCUUCAUCACCGGUUGCUUCGACACGCACCAGACGCACGACCUCCGCGGUAUCCCGGCGAGCGAGCUGAAGGCUCUCGACAAGUGGAAGGACUUCAUGGCGCAGAAGUACGUGCACGUCGGCCGCGCGCUAUUGCCCGAGAUCGACCCAGACUCGCCGAUUCCGGAGCCGUGCCGCCGCGACGACGCCGCGCACGGCCGCGAGGUUGAGGCGAAGAAGGCCAAGAUUGCGGCCCAGGAGCGUGCGAAGCGUGCUGCUGCGGCGCACGCUCACGCCGGCGCUGGUGCCGGCUCCAACGGGGCUAAGAACCCCCACGCCCACUAA